UAAUUUUCUCCAGACCAAGCGCCGCACCGUUCUCCUCCUCCUCCGCGCUCACUGCUUUUUGGUCUGGUCAUCAAUUCUCAUUGUCAAUCCUCUCUUCGGUUGGUCUUCAAGCUCCUCUUCCAAGAUCAGUCCUCAUCACGACAUCACCAGUGUUUAUCAACCUGCAGUGGCAGUGUGGCUCAAUCAAACAAUUACUUAGUCCUUUCCACUCUUCUCUCUCGAAUCGUUAUUCUAACUGCCGCCGGCUUGGAGAGGGUCUUUCGCUCUCCUUCUCCUUCUCCUUCUCCAAUCCACGGUGAUGACUACUCAAAGGAAGAAUAUGUGUGUAAAUGAGUCAUACGAUUGUAAUAUUGAAGAAUGGUUGAUUAAACACAACACUGAUGCUAGGUGGUCAAGCAAGCACCACACAUGGAAUUUGGAUCCUGUUAAAGCAUCUAUUAAUUGGAACUUAGAAUGGACCACAUUAGAUACGGUGCAAUUGGUGCAGGGCAUGAUAACAUCUGUCAUAGAAUUUCAUGAUAAGAAUGAAAUUCACGGUUAUUUUCAUAAUCGUAAGAACUUUUUGUUGAAAUUUGGAAUGAAGUGCUAUUUUCGUGCACAUGUGAGAAACAUCGUUAAAAUUUUUAUUGUGCAUGAUGAUAAGUCAGAGAAAAAGAAUGGUGAUUUGAAAGAUAAAUCCAAAAAUGCUGAUGUGACUGAGUUCGCUAGCAUGAUUUGUCAUACCAUACUUGGUAAAGAGAUGAAUGAGUUACCUUCUAAUUGGAUUAACCCAACUGACAGCGUUAAUAUGCUAUACACGACUGAUAGACAUAAAAAUGUUAUUCCAGUGGAAUUCGUGAAGAAUCAUCCAGCAUUGUGGCCAUGGCGAAGAAGAUUAAUGUUUUAUGAGGAAUGUUGGGUUCGAGCUAUACAUGCGACGGCUGACAUGUAUAAAUAUAAUAGAAAAAGAUAUUACAUCCACAAGUGGGUAAGAAAUAUUGCAAUCAAUAUCAAAUUUAUUGAUUGGUUUUCUAAUAUUUCUGUCGAUACACCGAUGCGACGACUUUUUAAUGAUAUGUGUGGGCGGUCUAGAUUAAAAACAGAUAAUGGCUAUGAUCUCCUUCACUUUCACAGGGUUUUUCAUCAUCACUACUGUGAUCAAGAUAAAUCGCAAAAUCUCAUUGUAAAUCGGACUGAUAGCAAGGAUUAUAAGGACAGAAUUUAUGGAAAUUAUAACAACACAGUAUUCUCCAUUGUUUUUUGUAACCAUAUACAAAACAUUAUGCACGUAUGAUUUAUUUUUUUAUGUAUGUGCUUCUAGAAUUUAAUAAGCUAUUAUUUCUUUUUGUAAUUAGAAUUUAUUAUAUUAAUGUAUCUUUUUGUGUAAUUUGCUUUUAUCUGAUGUAGGAAGUGUAGGAGGAGACAACCAUGAAUAAAUCAUACAUUAAUAUGAUUUAUUGUGCAUGAUGAUAGGUGUAGAAAAAUGGUUGUCUCCUCCUACACCAGAUAAAAGGAAAUUGCACAAAAAGAUACAUUAAUAUAAUAAAUUUUAAUUACAAAAAGAAAUAAUAGCUUAUUAAAUUCUAGAAGCACAUACCUAAAAAAAUAAAUCAUACGUGCAUAAUGUUUUGUAUAUGGUUACAAAAAACAAUGGAAAAUACUGUGUUGUUAUAAUUUCGAUAAAUUCUUUGUCCUUAUAAUCCUUGCGAUCAGUUUGAUUUACAAUGAGAUUUUGCGAGUUAUCUUGAUCACAGCAGUGAUGAUGAAAAACUCUGUGAAAGUGAAGGAGAUCAUAGCUAUUAUCUGUUUUUAAUCUAGACCGCCCACACAUAUUAUUAAAAAGUCGUCGCAUCGGUGUAUCGACAGGAAUAUUAGAAGACCAAUCAACAAAUUUGAUAUUGAUUACAAUAUUUCUAACCCACUUGUGGAUGUAAUCUCUUUUUCUAUUAUAUUUAUGCAUGUCAGCCGUCGCAUGUAUAGCUCGAACCCAACAUUCCUCAUAAAACAUUAAUCUUCUUCGUCAUAGCCACAAUGCUGGAUGAUUCUUCAUGAAUUCCACUGGAAUAACAUUUUUAUGUCUAUCAGUCGUAUAUAGCAUAUUAACGCUGUCAGUUGGGUUAAUCCAAUUAGAAGGUAGCUCAUUCAUCUCUUUACCAAGUAUGGUAUAACAAAUCAUGCUAGCCAACUCAGUCACAUCAGCAUUUUUGGAUUUCUCUUUCAAAUCACCAUUCUUUUUCUCUGACUUAUCAUCAUGCACAAUAAAAACUUUAAUGAUGUUUCUCACAUGUGCACGUAAAUAGCACUUCAUUCCAAAUUUCAAUAAAAAGUUUUUAUGAUUAUGAAGAUAACUGUGAAUUCCAUUCUUAUCAUGAAAUUCAAUGACAGAUGUUAUGAUUAUGAAGAUAACCGUGAAUUCCAUUCUUAUCAUUCAAGGAUCUAGAACAUACUUCAAAUUUAGUUAGUUGUCCACCAAGUGGAGGCAUUUCUAUCAUUGUUUUUUUCUCCUCAGCAAGCUAAUAUUGUUGCAAUGAUUUAUGGGUAGAUAUGUGGAAUUCUUAUCUCCACUUUUAGAUUUGAUUAUCAAGAUUCAAUUAUGUAAUUCUGGCUUAAAUUGGUUACUACCGCAGAUAAAGCAGUUGAUUGGCUUAAACACUUUAAUCCCAUUUUAUUUGAUUUCUAGUAUUCUAAAAUCAGUUUCAAGAAGGAUGGGAAGGAGAUAAUAUUGCAGGGAGUUAGUGAUAUGGGAUCUCAAUCCAAGCUACUGAAUUGUUUGAGUUAUCAGCAGCUAUUACAGAAGCAAGGGAAGGAUUUUCAAACUCCUUUAUUAUGUGUGCAAGUGUCGUAAUCACCUUCAACUAUAUUUUCAAUUACUGCAGUAGGUAAUGUUGUUUCAAGUACUCCUGAUACUAAUUCAGUUGAAUUGCAAAAUCUAUUAAAUAAGUAUCAGUGUAUUUUUUAAUGAUCCAAAGACCUUGCCACCAUUCAGAAGUCACAACCAUUCUAUUCCCUUGGUACCAACAGCAGAACUUGUGAAUAUUAGGCCCUAUAGGUACCCGUGUUUUCAGAAAGCAGAAAUAGAGAAAUUGAUGGAUGAAAUGUUACAAAAUGAGGUCAUACAACUCAACAUCAGUCCUUAUUUUUCUCCAGUACAUCUUGUCAAGAAAAAGGAUGGUUCUUGGAUGUUUAUUAUUAUUAUAUUUUAUUUUUUACCAGCUUUGGGUUUUUGUCUUGCUCAGCUGUAUCUAUGUGAGUGUGACAUUUUGUGUUUGUGACCUCUUCAAUCAAUAUAUCUUAGUUCUGUAUGGUUACUCCAGUUAGGUGCUCGAGCAGAAUUAGAAACCAUGUCACUUCUCCAUGAUACAAAUGGAUUAGAAGUUGGAAUAAGCGAUGCUACAUUCUCCUUAUUGUGCAGGGCAGUGCUUGUUUUAUUGUCGUUGAAUCACUAUAUAGGUUGCUGACUUAGUUUAAGAUCAUUAGUAGUGUGAGCAUCUUUUCAAUUACAGUGACUCUACUCAGAAGUUGACUCUUUUCAUAAGUUGAAUUGUAGCAGUUUUAUUUUGCACUUGGGGAAUCGGCAUUUCUGUUAUAUGCUCACUGGGUCUCCUCCUCGUGGUUUUGGAUUUCCUGCUACUAUUCAAGAUGAUUACUCCCGCACUGUUAAAUUGUUUGUCUUUGAGGAAACCAAUUUCAGUGCAUCCGAAUUAUCCACAAAUUGUUUAUUCUGCCAGUUUUGAGAUCAAAACUUCAUUCAUUAAUAGGGCUGACCAGUGAGCUUUUAAUUUUGUGUUUUUGUUACUAUAAAUGAUACAUCUUUGAUUGUUUAGAACCAUCCAACUUGUUACUGUGCUGAAAUGGCUUAACCUUACUGUAAUUCUUUUCUGAUGGGAUCAUUUUGGUUUUAGCUUAUAGGAGGAAAUUUCCUCUGUUGCAUCCUUCAGUGCUUUUUCAUUUCUGUAGUAUUUUUGUUUGGCUUCUGUUGGAAUUUGAUAAUGGUUGUGCAGGGAGAGAAGCAUGAGAGCAUGAAGAGGAAACAUGAAGAUAAGUGGAAGCAUGAGAGCAUGAAGAGGAAAUAAGAAGAUAGCUGACAAAGUCAGAUUAGAUUAUUGUUUGUUGACAAAGUAAGAUUAGAUUAUUGUUUGUUUCCUUCUUGCCUUUCCCUUUGUUAGGUUUUGAAUCCCUAACAUGGCAGUUAUAGGUAAUUGGGAAAGAAAAUAAUUAGGAAGAAAAGAAAUAGAAAAGUUAGAGAGAGAUAAUAGCAGAGAUAGAGAGAAGAAAGAAUUAGAGAGAUGAGAACUUCAGCUAUCAUUUCAAGUGUUCUUUCUACUUAUUUACACAGCUUCAGCUAGCUUCAGUUAUUCUAACUGAAGUAGUUACAGCUGUUUUGUCUAAGUGAGUCCUCUUAACUACCUCUAUAACAGUUCAUCCUCUUAACUGUUCUCUAGACAUCUCUUACCAUUUUGAAAGUGAAAUUGAUGAAAUUCUAAAAGAGAUGAGCUCCGAAUCUGAUGAUGAUAAUAAUGACCUAUAUGCAAUUGCUCUCAAGUUUCGGCCAGUUAGAAAACAGGGCUAUAACAUGUCGUGUGGUAUGUCCUCUUCUCUUUUCCUUCACUUGCUUUCUUGUUCUUAAUUUAGGCUAUGUUAAGAAAUUUUUGAUAUUGCUUAUAAAAAAAAAAUGGAUGUUCAUUGAUUGUGAAUUUACAAGUGCAGAUGUUUUCAACAAGUUCAAGGACAGCCAAGGGAACCUUAAGGAUUCCCUUGUCAAUGACCACAGAGGAAUGCUAAGCAUGUAUGAAGCUACGCAUCUCAGGGUGCACGGAGAAGACAUUUUAGACGAAGCACUAGCUUUCACUACUGCUCACCUUGAGUCCACGGUUACCCGAAAUUCGCCUCUCGCAGCGCACAUUACUCAUGCACUCAUGCUUUAAUGCAGCCUAUUCGCAAGGGCAUAACCAGACUAGAUGCAAGGCAUCACUUAUCUAUCUACGAAGAAAAAGCCUCAUGUAAUAAAGUUCUGCUAUCUUUUGCUAAGCUGGACUUCAACUUAUUGCAAAACAACAUCAAAAGGAAUUGAGCAGUAUUGCAGAGUGGGAUAUUAGCGCAAUAGAUGAGCUGCCGGAGUACAUGAAAGAAUUUUACAAGGCAUUUCUGGAUGUAUGUACAGAAAUUGAAGAAAACAUGGUCAAUCAAGGAAGAUUAUACCGUUUCUACUUUGCAAAAGAAGCAAUGAAAAUUCAAGUUAGAGCAUAAUUGAUUGAAUCUAAAUGGUUCGCUCAGAAAUAAAUACUGACUAUGGAUGAGUACAUGCCCAUCCCAUUAGUUACCUCAGGCUAUGCAAUGCUGGCAACUACCUCCCUUGCUGGAAUGGAUGUGAGGUUCUUGGGAAAGACUCAAACGCAGAAAAGAACAAUCAAUGGCAGAUGCAAGUAUAUAAUCCUAAUAAUGCAUUCAAUCCGUCUUGUCAACCUUAUUAUUAAGUGCCAAAUUGCACCGAAUGGAGCAGUGCGAGUAAUCCUGCAUAUCCAUGGCGAUUGUAGAAGAAGACAUUAAUCCAUAGCUUUUGAAGAAUGUGAUUCAGUAAAACAUAUCAUUGUAACCAGGAAUUGGCUGGAGAUUAGUUUACUAUGGUUGUUUUUUGAUUAA